AUUGGAAGCUAAAUAAUUUAAACCUAACGACAGGGUUGGGGGGCCAGGGAUAGGGGAUCAAAGAACAAAGCAGACAAACAAGAUAAUUACAUCAAAGAAAGUGACAACAAUGAGAUAAUCUACCAAAACUUUUCCAAUGCAGUCUUCAGGGGAAUAUCAACAACAACAACAACAAAGCAAACUGUAUAUAACAGAAAUUUAAAUACAAUCCUCUUUUACUGCUCUAUUUUGUAUACAGAAACGCUCCUUUCAGUUGGUUUGUCUAGUAGAAUUUGUCAUGCAACAACAAAAUAACUAUUUGGGGAAGAAAUUCUCUUUGGAACUCUUUGGUGUUGGGUAGUAGUCACCCAUUAUCACGCCAUAAAUAUUCCAAGUGUUAUUGUAUACUGAAGCAAUUAAAGCAACCCUGACAGGAGCUGUUCCAAAGAUGUUGCUGCAGAUUGGUUUCUCAUUCCAGCUCCUUGCAUGGUGGCAUCAGUUACUCCACUGGCCUCACAACCACCCACUCCAAUGAAGGCAUUGUGCAGGCCAUCGAUAAUGGGAUGCAGGGAACAAAUGGCAUCUGUCUCAGUGGACUGCUGUGAGGACUGAUGACUAAACCUCAUCUUAAUAUGGCAUAUAGAAAAGUAAAUGGGCAUGGACAGUCUAUCACAUCUAAACCCUCUCAUACUAACUGUGGAAUCCAUCUGCUGCGAAGAACUGGAACACAUAAUAUCUGCAUGGUGUCUGAUUUUUUUUAUCCAAAUAUGGGAGGAGUGGAAAGCCACAUAUACCAGCUAUCUCAGUGUCUGAUUGAAAGAGGACACAAAGUCAUAAUUGUUACCCAUGCUUAUGGAAAUAGAAAAGGUAUUCGAUACCUUACCAGUGGCCUCAAAGUAUAUUAUUUACCGCUAAAAGUCAUGUACAAUCAGUCUACAGCAACAACUCUCUUUCACAGUCUGCCUCUGCUCAGGUACAUAUUUGUUCGGGAGAGAGUCACCAUAAUCCAUUCACAUAGUUCUUUUUCUGCCAUGGCCCAUGAUGCACUCUUCCAUGCCAAGACAAUGGGCCUACAGACAGUCUUCACAGACCAUUCUCUUUUUGGAUUUGCUGAUGUCAGCUCGGUGCUUACAAACAAACUUCUAACUGUGUCGCUUUGUGAUACAAAUCAUAUAAUUUGUGUCUCUUAUACUAGCAAGGAAAACACUGUUCUAAGAGCAGCAUUGAAUCCUGAGAUAGUAUCCGUCAUCCCCAAUGCUGUAGAUCCUACUGACUUCACUCCAGACCCAUUUAGAAGGGAUGAUAGUGUAAUAACUAUUGUUGUUAUCAGCAGGCUUGUUUACAGAAAAGGGAUUGAUUUGCUUAGUGGGAUAAUACCUGAACUCUGUCAGAAAUAUUCAGAUUUAAAUUUCAUAGUUGGAGGAGAGGGGCCAAAGAGAAUCAUUUUGGAAGAAGUGCGAGAAAGAUACCAACUACAUGACAGAGUACGUCUUCUGGGAGCCUUGGAACACCAGGAUGUUAGAGAUGUCUUAGUUCAGGGGCACAUCUUUCUAAAUACUUCUCUUACUGAGGCUUUCUGCAUGGCAAUUGUGGAAGCAGCAAGUUGUGGUUUACAGGUAAAAAGUUGUGAGUACCAGGUUGGUGGAAUUCCUGAGGUACUGCCAGAUAAUCUUAUCAUUUUGUGUGAACCAUCAGUAAAAUCUUUGUGUAAUGGCUUAGAAAAAGCUAUUUCUCAGCUGAAGUCAGGAACAUUGCCAGAUCCAGAAAAAAUCCAUAACAGAGUAAAAACAUUCUAUACCUGGAGGAAUGUCGCAGAGAGAACUGAAAAGGUGUAUGACAGAGUGUCUAGGGAAGCUGUGUUACCAAUGGACAAGCGGUUGAACAGGCUGAUCUCUCACUGUGGCCCAGUGACUGGCUGCACCUUCGCUUUGUUGGCUGUGUUGAACUUCCUCUUCCUCAUUUUCCUGAGGUGGCUGACUCCUGAUUCUGUCAUUGAUAUUGCGGUUGAUGCUACAGGACCACAGGGGGCCUGGACCCAACAGUAUUCUUUUAGUAAAAAGGGGGAAGACAAUAAAGAGAUUUCAGAAUCAAGGUAGAAAGAAGCCUACUUUUCAAGAUUUUAAAUAGUUCAAUAAUUCUUCCAAAAUAGUUUGAAAUAACUUUACUUUUUUAUAUUAGUUGAGAAAUUUAUGCUACCUCCAGUUCAUACUAUGUUUGAUUUUGAGUCAAGAUCCUGAACUUAUGCAAUUUCCUGGGACGAAAAACUCUUUGCACUUGUUUAAAAUUCAGAAGGGAAAAUUUUGAGCUACUCAGGUGUAAAACUUCCAAGACUACUGAAUUCAUUGUAACAGUGGUGUUUUAAAAUUAUACUUUGGGGGCUUGUGGGCACUGAUGGGCCAAGUUCAUUAUUAUCUGGAGUUUUCUUUGCCAGUGUUUAAUAUUGUUCUUUUUAAUAUGAAUUUGAAAUUCAUAAAGCAUUUAUAGAAUUUGCUUGAUGUAUUUUAAGUACAGUACUUGUAGCAUACGUGCUAGGUAUAUAUUCAGCAAGUGUUAACUCUUCAACCAUUAAAAUAGGCACCUUGACCAGUAAAGCAAUAUUUGUUGAGCACUAUACUAGAUGCUUCCUUAUAGAACACUGGGACCACUUAAUAGCAUAGUAGCAAUUUAUUAAUGGUACUGAAAAAUAGCAUGCCUCCAAAUGUUUUUAAUGUGUCCCAAAAUAACUGUCUUAAUCUCAGUAAAUUGCUAGCAAGGGCUGGCUGAAUAAUCCCUUUGUACUGUUGGAGAGACUCAUCUAGGCAGUGCCUAUGUCUUUUUGUUUUUGUGUUUUUAUAAAUUUUAU